CGGCGAUAGUUCACCCUCCUCAUUCCUCACUACACCCCAGUCCGCCCGUCGGUGGGUCUCCGCGGAUCCCACAGCCCCGAAUGGAGCCGCGGGGGGCGGCCUCGCCGCUUCGGGGAAGGGGAUCUCCCGGUCCAUGACAGCACGGGUGGGGCUGAGCCCCUUGAGCAGUCGCGCCGCCUCCCUUACCCGCUCUCCCGGGAGAAGCGGGCAGGAGUUAAAUCCGCCCUUGGGGAAGGGACUCUCGGAUUGCCCCACUCCAACAAAGGAAGUGACCCUGGGCUCAACGUCGUCUCAGUGCUCUCGUGGGGCAGUGUCUCGCCUUGAGAUAUUGAAGAAGGAUAAAAAUCUCCUCAAAGAUUCAGAAGGUUGAAUGUGAUCAACAUGAAGAGCUUAAAAGCAAAGUUCAGGAAGAGUGAUACCAAUGAGUGGAAUAAGAAUGAUGAUCGGCUGCUGCAGGCAGUGGAGAACGGCGAUCUUGAGAAAGUGGCUUCAUUGCUGGGUAAAAAGGGAGCCAGUGCCACCAAACAAGAUAGCGAGGGCAAAACUGCUUUUCACCUGGCAGCUACAAAAGGGCAUGCAGAGUGCCUCAGGAUCAUGAUGACACAUGGUGCAGAUGUGGCAGCCCAAGAUGGUGCAGGACACAGUGCUUUACAUCUUGCAGCAAAGAACAGUCACCUGGAUUGCAUUAAGAGGUUACUUCAGAGUAAAUGUCCAGUAGACAGCACUGACAAUGCUGGGAAAACAGCUUUGCAUUUUGCAGCCACAUGUGGUUGUCUUCAAGCAGUUCAGCUUCUGUGUGAACACAAAUGUCCAGUUAAUGUGAAAGAUUUGGAUGGGAACAUACCUCUGCUGCUUGCAGUACAAAAUGGGCAUAUGGAAGUUUGCAAAUAUCUUCUGGACCAUGGAGCAGACGUCAACACCAGGGAUAAAAAUGGAAGAACUGCUCUGAUGAUGGCUUGUGAGGCUGGUAGCCUUAACAUGGUGGAAACCUUGCUUAAGAAAGGUGCAGAUGUCAGUUUAGUCGAUGUCUUUGGACAGAAUGCCCUGCAUUACUCCAAGCUCUCCGAGCAUACAGGGAUCCAGAAUCUCCUAUCAUCAAAGUUAUCUCAGGAUGUGGAUACAAAGUCACCAACGAAAGCAAAGGAGCAUGAUCAAGGCUCUAAAUUAAGUUCAGAAAGAAGUGGAACUCCAAAAAAACGCAAAGCCCCACCUCCUCCUGUCAGUCCUAUUCAGCUUAGUGAUACCUCCUCUCCACUCUCAUCAACUUCAACUCCCAUGACUGGAAAGGGGCAGGCUUUCUUUGCUGACCAAGUGUGCAAGCAGGAAGAAUUCAGCUCCUUGCAUCAAGAUAAUAAAGACAGACUGAGUAACAGCAUGACAGGUGCUGAUAGUUUGCUGGAUGUAAGUUCUGAAGCUGACCAGCAAGAUCUACUUCUGUUGAUGCAAGCAAAAAUUGCUUCUUUGACAUUGCACAAUAAGGAGCUGCAGGACAAAUUACAGGAAAGAACACCUAAAGAAGUGGAAUCUCAUCAAACAGAGUUUGAUCGAACAACAGAUAGACAAAAUGAGUUCCUGGCUCAGGAGCUGAAGUCUACAUCAAAUGCCACUCAAAUUCAAGAGAAGGUGACAAGCCCCAGUGAUGUAAAAGUGAAGUACCUCAAGGAAGACUUAAAGGAUGCCCAGAGGAAAUCAGAGAAUUCUGAAGCCAAAAGAAAGUACACAGAUUCUCAGGUCUGGUCUAGAGUUCCAGAAACAGAUCACUUAAACAGUACAGACAUUUCAGAAAAUGGCUCUGAUCUUAACCUGAAGUUCCAAGACACUCAAAAUCGGUAUGAGGAAGCUGUGAAUGAGGCUCUGAACAUACAAAGGCAAGUGAAGGUGGGUCUUAGUUCCUCUGAACAUGAAGAGACUACUUCUGAUUUGAGUAGACUGAAGGUUACGUGUGAAGAAGUCGAAAUUCUUAGGCAAGAGUUGAGGAAAGUGUUGGAGGAAAGUGAAAGACAAAAAGAGAAAGUGAGAGAGCUACAGAAAAAGUGUGAAGAACAAGAGCAGAAUGUAGCAAGCAAAUUGUCUGUAGAAGAGUGUGAGGAAAUGAAGAAUUCGUAUUGCUCAGUUAUUGAUAACAUCAAUCAAGAGAAAGCGUUGUUGAUUGAGAGGUACAAAGAAGGGCAAGAGGAAAUUAAAAGGCUACGGGACAAGCUGACAAGUCAGACACAGUUGCAGGCUAGUGCUGAGGCUGGAGAAAAGGAAAGUGUAAUGCACAGAAUGAUAGAUGAUCUCAACAGGCAACUUAGUGAAUUAUCUCAGUUGUACCAAGAGGCACAAACAGAGCUUGAAGACUACAGGAAGAGAAAAACUCUAGAUGAUAUAGCUUUGGACUACAUCCCCAGAGAGGAGCAUGAGAAGCUGAUGCAGGUAACGAAUUCUUUGAAAUACAAAGCAGAAAAUGAGCUAUCAGAAAUGAAGUUGCAGUACACAAAAGCAUUAGAUGAAGCAGAAGAACUAAAGCAGCUGUUAGACAUUCAGAAACAAAACUCUUUGCCAAUUACUGAACACCAUCAGGUGAUGAAUGCACUCAGAAAUACUGUAAAGGUAAUGGAGGAAGAAGUAAAUGAGCUCAAAUCACUGCUUGCCAGCAAGGAAAGAGAAGUAAGAAACUUACAGAAGGAGCUUCUGGAAGAAAAAGCUGCAGUUAAUGAAGCAAUGGUACCCAAGGCUGCAUACGAAAAGCUCCAGUCUUCACUAGAAGGUGAAGUUAGUAUUCUGUCAUCCAAACUGAAGGAUGCCAUCCAAGAGAAGGAAAAUGUGUCCUUAGAUGCUAUGCAAUUGAGAAAUGAAGUUUUGCACUUGAAAGAAGAGAAAGCAAAUAUGCAUACUCUUCUUGAAGCAAAGGAAUGGGAGGUGACUGGUCUUCAGCAGAAGUACCACCAAGCUCAGGAAGAAAUUAAAAGACACUCUGAAAGCUCCUCAAAACUAGAAGAAGACAAAGACAGAAAGAUCAAUGAAAUGUCCAAGGAAGUAAGCAAAUUAAAAGAAGCAUUGAACAGCCUUUCUCAGCUUUCCUACUCGACUGGUGCUCCCAAAAGACAAAGCCAACAGCUGGAGGCGUUACAACAACAAGUGAAGCAGUUGCAAAACCAGCUGACUGAGACAAAGAAACAGCAUCAAGAAAUAGUCUCAGUUUACAGGAUGCAUCUUCUGUAUGCUGUGCAGGGCCAAAUGGAUGAAGAUGUCCAGAAAGUGCUUAAACAAAUCCUAUCCAUGUGUAAAAGCCAAUCACAGAAAAAGUAAACAAACAAACAAAAGCCAAGGAAAACUCUCCAUUUUUAUUGUUUCUGUUAAUGGAUGUUUAUCUAGAUCUGCCUUACCGUAAGAUUUAAAACCGCCAGUUUGCUGCUUCUGUGUUAUUGUGCUGUUUGUGAGGUGGAUUUGUUUGUUUCUACCACUUCCCAUGUGCAUUUGCAUGUGCAGUAACCAAACACAUGCCUGCUUUCCCUAUCCAAAAUACAAGUACGUUCUUUGGACGUUUUUUACUUAGGCCACUCCAUAUCCUCUUUACCCUGAAAGUACCUUCCAGCUUCCUUCGGUAGAGGGAGGUUAAUCUUGAAGAAAGCACUUACCUUGCCUGGGUAAAGGUGAAAUCUGUGUCUUCUGUACUGUUUAUAAGCUGCAUCUUAUUAAUGGGGAUAAACUUAGUUGUUUGAUGUUGUAGCACUCAGAUUCCUGACAUUUUGCCAUGUGCAGUCUUUGGCAGAGCAGAAGUGAGCCUUGCAGCAGUGAGCAGAAAUAGGUAUUUAUGCUAAGCCAGGACAUCAAACAACUACACUUGUUAGUGUAGCUUAUUAUUUAAGAAUAAUGCACCAUGAGGUAGCUGUCCCAAACCAUCCAAUGCACUGAGUACACAAAAAUCAUACCAUGCUUCAUAGUUUCCUUGAAUUGCCUGAUAGUGUAAUGAAACCAUUUCAGGAGGUAAAAUCAUUAAUCUCUUGAAGUUUUGUACAAAGCAGUACAGAAACAUCUGUAUAAGCAACCCUUUAUGAUAGGUUUAGCUGUCUAUGCAAGUGUUGGCCACAAAGCUCAGGAACAAAACCAGAACAUAUACUUUAGACAAGGGAUCCUAGUGAACACAGGAUGUUUACAGUGAAUGUCAAUGCCUCAUACUUCCUAACCUCACUUUUAUAAAGAUCUCCUCAGUAUAUUUUUAUCGGCCUUCUAAUGAAUUUUUUUGUAACUAGACCAUUUUUUUUCUACAUAUUUGCAUUAAGCUUAUUAACAAAUAUUUCUAGGUAAUUGUGUUUUAGAAAGUUUCUUUUUAUACCCCCAAGUAUUCAGUAGUAGUGAAGCUACAGUGAAGUGUUUCCAGGCUGUAAAAGAUCUGCAUGGAAUCGUAGAGCUGUCUGUCAGUGUGCUCAAGAGCCGUGAAGUGUAAAACACAAUUCAGUCUGCUGCUGCAAAAGAGUGUAUAAGUGGUAGGCAGAGAACAGCAGAGGUGUCCAAAUCUCCUGCGUGUUGUUUCUGAAGGCUAAAGGCAUCACUAAAGCCUUGACCAGCACUUUGAUAUUGAGAGUCAAGCAAAAAUGUCUGAUAUGUGGUAUAGGAUGGAAAAAUGAUUCUAAGUACACACUUCACGUGAGGGUACAACCAUUCUAACUGGCUUGCAGCUUCACUGUGGUGGGGUUUUUUUCCCUUGUUAGUUGAUACGUCUCUAAUAGAGAAAUCCUCCAGAGCUAUAUCAUCUAUGAAGUUUAUAUAGAGUCAUAACAUGACAAGAGUCAGCAGUGCCUCAAGCUGACUGAAUUUGUAGUGCACUUACAUCAGAUAAUCCCUAACCCUGGCAAAACUAAAAUGGGUUUCUAAGAGCAUCAGUUAGACCUUGGUGUCACUUUCCUUGGGUGGUUUGACUAACGCCAGCUAAUUCUGAACAGUAUUUUGUAGUUAGAUGGUUUUUAAAAUGCUCCAAAGAAAUGUGAAAAGAAUUUUGCUGCAGCACUUCACAAUGAACAACAGGAUUUUAAGCAUGCUAAUGCUGCAAAGUAUAAAACUUGAUGAACCAUUUUGUAGGUUGCCUGAUGGAUUUAGUCUUCUACUUUGUUUCGGUUUGUAUAUUUAUUACAGUUAUCUUUGUGGAAUAUUGAAAAUUAUAUACUACAGCAUAGCAAGUUCCUUUAUAUGUAAUUUACAAGAAGUUUCCUUAUGCAGCAAAUAAACUAUUUCCAAGGGUUUUUUUUUUUU